AUGUCCGAUAACGAAGAAGAUACUAUCGUCGGCUUCGAGUCCGUCGAAGAACUUCAAAGUCAUGGUAUCAACGCUCAAGAUAUAUCUAAGCUCAAAGCUGCUGGUAUCGUCACUGUCCUGGGUGUAUCACAAACCACCAGAAGACAUUUACUGAGAAUUAAGGGACUUUCAGAAGCUAAAGUAGAAAAGUUGAAGGAAGUGGUGGCUAAAAUGCUCCCUGCACCCUUCAUGACCGCCACGGAGAUUGCCGACCGACGACAGAAUGUUGUGUACAUUACAACUGGCUCAAAAUCCGUUGACGCAAUGCUUGGAGGCGGUAUUGCUACUCAAAGUAUAACUGAAGUCUUCGGAGAGUUUAGAACAGGAAAGACCCAACUCUGCCAUACUCUCUGUGUUUCCACUCAGCUUCCGGAGGAAAAUGGUGGCGCUGCUGGGAAAGUGGCGUAUAUUGAUACAGAAGGUACCUUUCGACCUGAUCGAGUCAGAGCUGUAGCGGACCGAUUCGGAGUUGACUCCACUAUGGCACUUGACAAUGUUCUUUGCGCCAGAGCUUGGAGCUCUGAACAGCAAUGUGACUUACUCGUGGAACUCGCUGUAAGAUUCGUAGAGGAUCGAACAUACAAACUUCUCAUUGUGGACAGUAUCAUGAAUCUUUUCCGUCAAGACUAUUCCGGCCGAGGAGAGUUAUCUGAACGACAACAGAAACUUAACCAAUUCCUUGCAAGACUCCAAAAGCUUUCUGAAGAGUUUAACAUCGCUGUGGUCCUUACCAAUCAAGUUCAGGCUGAUCCAGGUGCUGCUGCAAUGUUUGCUGCUGCUGCUUCUGCGAAACCUGUUGGAGGUCAUAUCCUUGCCCACGCAUCCGCCACUCGUAUCGCCCUUCGUAAAGGUCGAGGCGAUGAAAGAAUUGCCAAGCUCAGCGAUUCUCUCGACAUGCCUGAAGGUGAAGCCACUUAUGUUCUAAAGUCUGGUGGCUGGGAAGACCCAAGCUAA